UCCCUUACUUAACGUGGUCGUUUCACUGUGUUUUCUCUUACUAUAUAAAACCUUUCUCCUCCUUCUUCAGAAUCCCACCAUUUUCAUUUGCUCUCAUCUCCCAAAUCUCACUGCUCCAUUCCACUCACUUCCUCGCUUAUUCCAUAAGGCCAGUGAAUCAGUUUCCUAGCGAUUGUGGCACUGUGAGUGUUUUCUUUCCCAAACAUGACUGCAUUUGCUCUCCUUUGUAAAUGACUGUGAUCCCCCCCCGGGGGGCCCCGGGGUGCGUGUGUCGUUGUUCUUUUGUUAAAAUCAGACCUCUGUUUCCUCAAGAUGACAACUGGACAACUUUUCUCCCGCACCACACAAGCAUUAUUUUACAACUACAAGCAACUUCCUAUCCAGCGGAUGCUUGAUUUUGACUUCCUUUGUGGUAGGGAGACGCCAUCAGUUGCUGGAAUCAUUAAUCCUGGUUCUGAGGGAUUUCAGAAGCUCUUUUUUGGUCAAAAUGAAAUUGCAAUCCCAGUGCAUUCGACCAUUGAAGCAGCUUGUGCUGCACAUCCUAUUGCUGAUGUCUUCAUCAAUUUUGCAUCAUUUAGGAGUGCUGCUGCUUCAUCCAUGGCUGCAUUGAAGCAGCCAACAAUCAGAGUUGUUGCUAUUAUUGCUGAAGGUGUACCUGAGUCUGACACCAAGCAUUUGAUUGCAUAUGCCCGGUCAAACAAUAAGGUUGUUAUCGGCCCAGCCACUGUUGGAGGUAUUCAAGCUGGGGCUUUUAAGAUAGGUGACACGGCUGGAACAAUUGACAACAUAAUUCAAUGCAAGCUGUACAGGCCUGGAUCUGUUGGCUUUGUUUCUAAAUCUGGAGGGAUGUCCAAUGAAUUGUACAACACUAUUGCUCGGGUAACAGAUGGAAUUUAUGAAGGCAUUGCAAUCGGAGGAGAUGUUUUUCCCGGUUCCACACUUUCUGAUCAUAUUUUGCGGUAUAACAACAUACCACAGGUUAAAAUGGUGGUAGUACUUGGGGAAUUGGGUGGACGGGAUGAGUAUUCUCUAGUGGAAGCCCUAAAACACGGGAAAGUAACAAAACCAGUUGUUGCAUGGGUCAGUGGAACCUGUGCACGACUCUUCAAGUCUGAAGUACAAUUUGGUCAUGCUGGAGCUAAAAGUGGUGGUGAAAUGGAGUCUGCUCACGCGAAGAAUCUAGCACUUAGAGAAGCUGGAGCUGUUGUUCCCACUUCAUAUGAAGCUUUUGAAGCUGCAAUCAAGGAAACAUUUGACAAAUUGGUAGAAGAAGGGAAAAUCACGCCAGUGAAGGAGUUUACUCCUCCAGAGAUCCCUGAGGACCUUAAUUCUGCAAUUAAGAAUGGAAAAGUCCGUGCUCCAACUCAUAUUAUUUCGACCAUCUCUGAUGAUAGAGGUGAGGAGCCAUGCUAUGCUGGUGUUCCCAUGUCUAACAUUAUUGAAAAAGGUUUGGGUGUAGGCGAUGUUAUAUCUCUCCUGUGGUUUAAACGCAGCCUUCCUCGUUAUUGCACACAAUUUAUCGAGAUAUGCAUCAUCCUAUGUGCCGACCACGGUCCCUGUGUCUCUGGUGCUCACAAUGCUAUUGUGACAGCGAGGGCAGGGAAGGACCUUGUCUCCUGCCUGGUAUCAGGUUUGCUUACAAUUGGUCCUCGAUUUGGUGGUGCCAUUGAUGAUGCUGCUCGUUACUUCAAGGAUGCUUAUGACAGGAAUCUUACACCUUACGAAUUUGUUGAAGGUAUGAAGAAGAAGGGCAUCCGUGUGCCAGGAAUAGGACACAGGAUCAAGAGCCGAGACAACAAAGAUAAGAGAGUAGAGUUGCUACAGAAGUUUGCAAACACUCAUUUUCCUUCCGUAAAAUACAUGGAAUAUGCCGUUCAGGUUGAAAACUACACCCUUACAAAGGCAAAUAACCUCGUGCUCAACGUAGAUGGUGCAAUCGGUUCCCUUUUCUUGGAUCUUCUUGCUGGCAGUGGGAUGUUCACCAAGGAAGAGGUCGACGAAAUUGUCGAGAUUGGCUAUCUGAAUGGGCUAUUUGUGCUGGCUCGCUCCAUUGGCCUGAUUGGGCACACUUUUGACCAGAAGAGAUUGAAACAACCACUGUACCGCCACCCAUGGGAAGAUGUUCUCUACGCGAAGUAAGAAGAUUUCUUGCUUCGAUUAUAUCAAUGAAAAAUUCUUAAACGUGUGAUAUGCUGGAAUGUUUCUUUUUAACAGCCUUUAAACUGGUAU